UUGUACCAAACGUGCGGUCAUGGCGGCAUUUACUAGCGGUGUGUUUGAUGUAGAGUUAAGUUCUGCAUUAAAAACAGCGAAGGUUUUAGUUGUUGGGGCUGGUGGAAUAGGCUCAGAAAUCCUCAAAAACAUUGUUCUUACAGGAUUCAAGGAUAUCGAAAUCGUUGAUUUAGAUACCAUUGAUGUUAGCAACCUCAACCGACAAUUUCUGUUCCACAAACGCCAUGUUGGAGAAUCUAAAGCUAAGGUGGCUCGUGAAAGUGCACUCAGAUUUAAUCCAGAUGUCAAUAUUAAGGCUCACCAUGCCAACAUAACAAGCUCUGAAUAUGGAAUACAGUUCUUCAAAAAAUUCAGUUUAGUGAUGAAUGCCCUGGACAACCGUGCAGCUCGCAAUCACGUCAACCGUAUGUGUCUUGCAGCAGAUGUACCACUUAUUGAAAGUGGUACAGCUGGGUACGAUGGUCAGGUUGAACUUAUACUGAAAAACCGCACUCAGUGUUAUGAAUGUCUCCCAAAAGCUGCUCAAAAGACAUAUCCUGGGUGCACAAUUCGCAACACACCAUCAGAACCAAUCCAUUGCAUUGUUUGGGCCAAACAUCUUUUCAAUCAGUUGUUUGGAGAAGAUGAUCCCGAUGAAGAUGUAUCGCCGGACACAGAAGAUCCUGAAGCUGCAGGUGAAGCUGGAGAAGGUGCUCUGAAUGCUACCAAGACAGAUGGUGCAAAUAUAGACCGUGUUUCAACACGAUCUUGGGCUGUUUCCUGUAAUUAUGAUCCUAAGAAACUGAUGAAUAAGCUUUUCUGUGAAGAUAUUCGUUACCUUCUUAGUAUGAAGCAUCUAUGGGAAAAGAGAACACCACCAACUCCUAUAACAUCAGAAUCGGACCUUGAUGAAGGUAGUAGUUCCAGUCUCUCAGCUGAUGGUGACAGAUCAAAAGAUUUGUGGAGCUUAAAGGAAUGUGUCAGUGUGUUUACUAAUUCCUGUAUGAAUCUGAACAAUAAAUUAAAGUCUUUGGGUGAGGGUAGUCAGUUAAUAUGGGAUAAAGAUGACAAAGAUGCUAUGGACUUCGUUGCUGCAUGUGCUAAUAUCAGAGCACAUAUAUUCAAAAUUCCUCGGAAAUCUCGAUUUGAGAUAAAGUCAAUGGCGGGCAAUAUUAUUCCUGCGAUCGCAACAACAAAUGCUAUUAUUGCUGGUAUUGUGGUCCUUCAUGCAAUAAAUAUUCUUCAAAAACAGGUGGAACGCUGUCAGUCUGUAUACCUUCGUUUGAAGCCCAAUCAUCGCAAUCAAUUGAUUGUACCAGAAAAGCAUAUGAUUCCACCAAAUCCAAAGUGUUAUGUCUGUUCGCCAAAACCAGAGGUCACUGUAUUUCUAAAUGUGAACAAAGUUACUGUGAAAGAAUUGGAAGAACAUAUCCUUAAAAAGAGACUGAAUAUGGUUGCCCCAGAUGUCAUGUUGGAUUUGAAGGGUACUGUCAUAAUAUCGAGUGAGGAUGGAGAGACAGCUGAAAACAACAACAAAACACUGAGUGAAAUUGGAAUUACUGAUGGAACAGUGCUGAAAGCUGAUGAUUUCCUUCAGAAUUACGAGCUUUCUAUUACCAUUAUGCAUAAAGUACCAGGCAGGGAUGACCCAGAGUUUGAGGUUGUUGCUGACAAAGACACUCUUAAGCCAAAGGAAGAAGACCGAACGAGUGUUAAUGGCACCACGGACAAUGAUGAUGACGACAUUGAAGUUGUUGAUGCUGAUGGUGUUAAUGAGAUAGCAAAAACUGACCGAGAAGGAAAGAAACGGAAGUCAACCAGUGAUGAAGAAAACAGUAUUUCAAAGAAACCUAAACUUCAAGACAGUGAUAUUGAAAUUGUUGAGGUCUGAUAAUGGGACACCUGAAUUGUGAUAUAUCUUAUACUACCACCAGUUGUCAAUUGUUGGCAAACUACAUUAUUACUAUUAAGACUCAGGUACUGUUUUAACCUUGAAUGUAAGGAUAUUCCUGAAUUGAUGUGUGAGUGAUAAGGAUUUCAGUGUCAUAAUGCUGAAUACGUGUCUUUUAGUAUUACUUGUGAAACAUUGUAUGCAACAGUACAUGACGAUGAUUAUUACAUAAGUAGAAACAAAUGAAAAAUUUCAUUAACACAGUAGUACCAAUCCUGUUUGAAUCUCCUAACACAAUCUAUUGAUAACUGAAUUAUGGAAAAAAAUGUGUAUAAGGUACUGUGUACUUUCCAGUUUAUACAGAAUGAAUUUGUGCAGUAUUGAAUAUAUGAGAACUUCCUUUUUUU